AUGACCGGAGAAGGCAGUGCAUUGACUGGGUUCCCGUGCUUUUGGUGCUGUUCAGAAAUGUGCACAAGUCACUUCAUCUGGGUAGAACUGAACGUGCCUCAAAUGGCACUGGGAAGGGUGUUCUUCUCCACGGCGUCCCUGGCAGCCUCUCGGCAGCAGCCCUUGUCCAGAACCUGGGUCCAGGUCCUUGUAAAGGAAAGACACACGUCCGUGGACGCACAGCUGUCUUUUGACACCAGUGGGCAAUCCGUCCGCGCAUGGGAUUCAGGUGGUCGCAGCCCCGAGUCUCAAAGCCAGGCCCCAGGUCAGCAGCAUCGGCGUCGCCUGAGCACCUGUGGGGCCAAGCAAAUCCUCGGUCCUGCUCCAGGCCUACCACGCAGGGGCCGUGGCGGUGGCGCCCUGCAGCCCGUGCACCUGCGAACCUGUAGGUGGUCCUCGCGCAAGCUCACUGCCGAAGAGUCUACGGAAAGAACAGCGGAGAGAGGAGACCACGUGUGGCAGAGGAAACUCAUUAGAAACGGGCUUGAGACCGGUGCCCUUAAAGAGCUGGCGAACGCCAAAGCCUCUUUACAGGGAGAAGAAAACGCAGUAGAGACCAGUAUGGUGACAAAUGCAGCAGAGAAGAUGACAGGACAUUUGUUGACAGAGCUGUAUACUAGAGGUUCACUCAAGGAGCUACGAGACCAUAAAGUGUCUCUAGGAUGCAUCAGUGAACUCUUUCCAAAAGGGAGUAAUGCUUCCUUUGACUCCAAAGAACAACAGACAGGAGGAAAGAGCAUCCUUGCAGAGGGAAUGAUGUGUGGGAAGAUGCAGAGGCAAUGGGGGACCAAGCAGGCGAAUGCCCCGAAGACCCGAAUACCGUGUUUGCAAGUGGAAAAUAGUGCUGCAGAUAAGGAUCGCAUGCAAGCCUUCAUUCUUCAGAGAUGGUGUUUUGUGGCCCCACGACUGGUCCUGGUGGUUCAGCUCUCUGGUUUGCAUUUGUGUUGGGGGUUUAUUUCAGCAGAAGAGCUCAAGGACAUUGUUCUCUGUAUCCCUUGAGGGGGAACCAAGACCUUCCCCCAGGUGGCACUGUGGUCUCCUGAUGGCCCCUCCUUGGUCUCUGCAUCCCUCCCUUCCCCCAACAGCACCUGUAGGCACCUGCCCUUUGGGGCUCAGGGAAGGGCCUGGAGGCUGGAGCGUAUUCCCUAAAAACAGGACAUGGGGGACACACAGCGAGGCUUGUGCCUAGGAGCCCCCCCAGUGUCCUGCUUAGUUUCAGGCUUGCCAGGAUCUCCCUGAUGUCAAUGGGUGCGUGAGCUAAUCACCCCCCCCGGGGGGGGGGCUGCAGGAAAGCCAGUAGCCCCCACUCUUCCAGCGAGUCCUGCUUUCUGCUCUUUUCAGGUUUAGUGCAACACUUUUCUCUCCUCCCCCCCAAAAAAAUCUCAAUCUAUGUCACCAAAACAUGAUUUCCUGUUUUCAUUGACUUUAAAAUUUUUGUGUUGUAUACACCAGAGCACAACUGACAUCUUUCUCAUGUCCCUCAGGAAUUAAAAUGUUCCUUCAUACAGACCAAGAGGUCUAAAAAGAAAAAAAAAGCCUCUCUGCAUUUUCUCAAUCAAAUUUUUAUUUAUUUCCCUUUUCUUUUCUAGCCAUGUAUCAAAUAAAUACCCUAAAGCUCUAUUUUAUAUACGGAAAAAAAUGGGAAAAAAAAGUUGAGAAGACGUAAGACAUCGGGUGUGCAGUGAAAGAAAAUGUGUCUUUAAGUCUUACCCCAGGUUCUUGGCAACAAAGAACCUAAAUCCCUUGGAAUUUCCGAAGCGACAAGAACACC